ACAGAGAGUAAGAACCAGCAGAGUCAGUACUGACACUAUAUUACACUUAGCUCCACCACACAAAAAUUCUAAAAACAGAUAUCACGUGUCAGGAACCACCUGGUUAUGCAAUCCGUGCGGAUUCUCCUGUCACUGUAGAGGAAGGUCUGUGUGCCACCAUCCUCUGUACUUUCCAGGCUGACUAUAGGACUAGAUUCUACAAUUCCAGAGGCUACUGGAGGAUACAUGACACGACUAUUGUUUUAGCCACUUAUAAUGUAAAUUUGGUUGCAAAAGAAAACUUCCGUAUGCCAGGAAAUCUAAAUGAAGGAGACUGCACCCUGACCAUGACUGAUGCAAGGAGAGAAGAUAGUGGGCAAUAUAUCUUCAGGUUUGAAGAAAGUCCCACAAGCAGAAUCAAAUAUAACUAUGAGAAUUCCCUAAUAUCUGUGAACAUAACAGAUCUUACACGGAUGCCAGAAAUAUCCAUUCCUGAGAAGAUCAUUUCGGGUCAGGAGGUGACACUCACUUGUUCCUUUCCUGUGGAUUGCCCUGGAACAAUUCUCAUUUUCCAGUGGUCAAGGAGUGAUCAGGAUGGAAUUUGGAAAAACUCAUCAACUGUAACCUUUACCCUAUGUCAGAAUAAUCACAACAUAUCUGUAACCUGUAAGGUAAUUCUACCUGCGGUGAUGGCUUCUACCAAGAGAACUAUAAACCUAGAUGUUUACAGUCCGCCAACCACCAUUAUCACAAGAGAGAUCAAUGAUUGCGGGAAUGUGGAUUCUAAAAUCAUUGCUGGGAUUGUAGCUGGUAACGUCAUUAUCCUGAUCCUGAUCUCACUGGGAAUCUUCUGUUUUGUUAAGAGAUACAUGGAGAAAAAGUUAUUAGGAAACGGACGCAAUAAGCGUGAAGAAACAGAACCUACUUAUCAGGAUCUAAAAGGACAGAACGACAUCUACAGCAUUAUUAACACGCAAUGAAAAUGAGGAGCUGAUAUCUAUGAAGAAACCUGUAACUGCAGUAAAACAAUGGUGUCAAUAACCUGUAUAUUGUUACAUUAUACAUUAAGGGAUGCAUUGUGACACACACAGGAGAGCCGAUUUAUUGUCUGAGGUUUGGCCAUGUGUGGUCAUAAAACCCGCUAAUCAUCUUAAAAAUGAUCAUCUAUUAAAAACAUACCUUACUAAUAUUUGUGAGGAACUUUAUAUUUACUCGAAAGUAAAAUAUACAGAUUGGAUUUAUGUUAUUUAAUAUAAAUAAAUGACUCUAUAGACCCAGCACACAGGGAGUUAUUAUUAUUAUUAUUAUUAUUAUUAUUAUUAUCAUCCUUUAUUUAUAUGGCACCACAAGGGUUCCCCAGCGCCCAAUUACAGAGUACAUAUGUACAUAAUAAAAACAGGAAAAAAGUGACUUACAGUUGAAGACAAUAUAGGACAAGUACAGGGUAGCUAAGCAUAACUACAUCAGUAGACGACACUUGGAUAAGUAUCAAGGUGGUCGAGAACUGCAGGAUUUGGGCAGUUGAGGAUUAUUAAAGUAAGAAAAGGAUAAUCACAUGAGGAAAGAGGUCUCUAAUCGCGAGAGCUUACAUUCUAAAGGGGAGGGGCAGACAGGGUGUCACACAGAUGGGGUAGACCGAGCGUGGGACAGAGGAUUAAGAUGAGAUUUCACUGGGUUUGCUAAAGAAGUGUGUCUUGAGAGCCCGUUUGAAGUUCUGUAGAGAGUUGGAGAGGCUGAGGGGAGAGGUAGAGAAUUCCAUAGUAAGGGAGCAGCACGUGAAAAAUCUUGGAGAUAGGAGUGGGAGGAAGUAAUCAGAAGACAGGAGAGUCGGCGUGCAUUAGCAGAGUGAAGAUGACGGGUGGGACAGUAAAGGGAGAUAAGGUCAGAGAUGUAAAUGGGAGAGGAGUGGGUGAGAGCUUUGUAAGUGAGUGUGAGAAGUUUGAAUUGGAUUCUGAAAGGAAAGGGAAGCCAGUGAAGGGCUUGUGGGAGGGGGGAGGUGGACAUACUGCAUUUGGUGAGGGAGAUGAGCCAGGCUGCAGCAUUGAGGAUUGAUUGGAGUGGAGAGAGGUAAUUGUCAGGGCGGAUAGUUAGAAGGAGAUUACAGUAAUCCAGUCUGGAAAUAAUCAGUGAGUGGAUAAUGGUGAGAAAGGGUCUGAUAAUGGAAAUGUUUUUGAGAUGAAAAUUACAAGUUUGUGAGAGGUGCUGAAUGUGUGGUUUAAAUUAUAGGGAAGAGUCAAGGAUUGCGCCAAGACAGCGCACUUGAGGGCUAGAGGAGAUAGUCGUGCCAUCAAUGGAUAAUGAGAUUGUGAGAUGUGAGGUUGUGUGGGAGGGUGGGAAGAUGAUCAGAUCAGUCUUGGACAUGUUUAGUUUAAGAAAGCACUGGGACAUCCAGGAAGAGAUAGCAGAGAGACAGUUGGAGGUACGAGUGAGGAGAGUCAGGGAGAGCUCUGGGGAGGAAAGGUAGAUUAGCAGCAGAGAGGUCAAGAAGAGUAAGCAGAGAGUAGUGGCCCUUAGAUUUGGCUGCAUGGAGGUAAUUGCACACUUUUGUGAUGGCAGUUUCAGUGGUGCGGAGAGAACAGAAACCUGACUGGAAUAGGUCAAGCAGUGAGUGGGAGGAAAGAAAGACAGUGAGGCGGUUAUAGACAAUACGCUCAAGGAGUUUGGUGCCAAAAGGAAGGAGAGACAUGGGUCGAUAGUUGGAGAGGGUGUUUGGAUAAAGGGUAGGUUUUUUAAGAUUAGGGGAGAUAAGUGCAUGCUUGAAGGCAUAUGGGACAGUACCUGAUGAGAGGGAGAGAUUGAGAAGGUGGGCAAGAUGGAAACAGGCAGAAGGAGAGAGGUAGCGGAGGAGGCAGGAGGGCAUAGGGUCAAGUGGGGAGGUGGUGGGGAAGAAUGGAUGAGGGCCAUGACUUCCUACACACAUACAUGGCAGAAAGAUGUCAGAGUUGGUGAGAGGGAAGGGGAGAGGUGGCAAGGAAUGUGUGGUGGCUGGUUGCUAGUCUGGUGGAAUGUGAUGUCCUGACUUAUGGAGUCAAUCUUGGAUGUAAAAUAAGUGGCAAAGUCAAGAGUAGACAAUGAGGAAGGGAGAUGAGGUGGUAGUGGGCCGGGGAGGGAGUUGACAGUGGCAAAGAGGCUCCGGUGGUUGAGAUGAGAAUUUUGAAGUAUGAUUGUUUAGAGAGGGAAAGGGCAGCACUGAAGGAUGAUAGCAUGAAUUUGAAAUGGAGGAAGUAUGUCUAAGGGCAUGAUUUACUCCACUAUCACUCGGCAGUACAUGAGCAUUUUUGAAGAUAUCUUGUGCAUUUGGUGUGCCAAGGUUGAGAUGUUGAUCUGCAUGCGUGAAAAGUGGUUGGUGGAGCGACAGAGUCAAGAGCAGAAGUAAGGGAUGCAUUGUAUAGGGAUGUGGCUUGUUCAGGGCAUGUGUGAAAGAGAAUAGGUGAGAGAGGCGAGUCGAACAGGGAGGAUAGGGAUGAGGUGUCAAAAGCCUCAAUGUUACGCUUAGUGACGGUAGCCUUAGGAGGGAGAGAUGGGGAAGCAGAGAUAGAUAAGUUGAAAGAGAGCAGGUGGUGGUCAGAGAGGGGAAAAGGGGAAUUGGAAAAAAUCAUAAAUAUUGCAGUGGUGUGUGAAACCAGAUCUAGUGAGCUCCCAUUCAUGUAGGGAGUGAGGUGGUCCACUGGGAGAGACCAAGUGAAGAGGUGAGGUUAAGGAGUUUAGAGGCAGGUGAUUUUGUGGGGUUAUCGAUAGGGAUGUUGAAAACACCUAGGAUAAUGGAGGGAAUGUCAGAAGAGAGGAAGUGAGGUAGCCAGGAAGUAAAGUUGUCAAGGAAUUUGGAGGAAAUGUCAGGUGGACGGUCAUUGACAGCAACUUUAAGGUUAGUAUGUUGGUAGAGACGUAUUGCAUGGACCUCAAAUGUAGAGAAUGUAAGGGAUGCUUCUGGAAGUAUAAGUUGGUAUGUGUAGGUAGAGGGUAAAAGGACCCCAACACCACCACCAUGGAGACACCUAGGAUGGGGUGUGUGUGAGAAUGUGAGGCUCCCAGCAGAGAGAGCAGCAGGAGAAGUGGUGUCAUAGGGAGUAAUCCAGGUUUCUCUAAUGGCCAGGAGGAGCAGAGACUUGGAAAUGAAAAGGUCAUGAGUGGGGGCCAGUUUGUUGCAAACAGAUUUGGCAUUCCAGAGGGCACAGGAUAGGGGUUAGGAGUUUGUGGGAGAGAUGUGAAUGAGAUUAUCAGGAUUGCUGUAGUGUUGAGGUAAGAUUUAUUUGGAAGGAAGGGAUAUAGAAGGUGUAAUGAUGGUCCCGGGUCCUUGGCUUGGAAGGGAGAAAGCAGGAGUGAGGCAGGAAGGGAGUGCAGUAUGAUAGUGGUGGAGGAGAGGUGAGGUGACAGCCAGCGGAGGGAGAGGGCAGGGCUGAGUGGUGGGGUAGAGAGCCUGUGAAUGGGCAGAAGUAGAUUUCAAUGGGGAAAUCUAUAAAUAUAGGUGGGGAAGGGAGAAAGAGGGGAGAAUGGGAGACAGAGGAGAGGAGAGAGCAUGAGAUGUAGGAGACUGGGAGAGAAGGAUAGAGGUGGUACCAGGGGACAGAAUAAAGGAUUAGGAAGACAAGUAUUAAUGGGGGAUGUUACCAGCCUGGCCAUAGUGUGGAUGGGGUAAAUAGUGAUAGUAAAAUGAGAAAAGGAAGAGUGGUGGCUGAAUGAGAGAGCAGUGGAAUUGCAGAAAUAAAGAUGAUUUGCAAGUAAUUACUGUAAAAUGUGGUUAAUGUCUACAGGUUAACAGUAAGGCAAAUGUUUUGCUGAUGUAAGAUGGAAAAUGACACAGUGUUAGCAAACAACAAGUCAGUGUUCCUUCAUUAACUAUGCUUCUUGGUGCAAAAUUUGUUUUUCAGAUAUUUGUAGGGUCUGAUCAAAAAUUGCAUUACAGGUGUUUUUUUUUUUGUUUUUUUUCAGAGAGUGAAUAUAUAGUUUCCUGAGUCAGUGAGGAUUGGAGAAUAUUAGAAGUGAACAUACAUUUGUAGUUGGGAUGCAGUCCCAGUAGUGUUGGCUUUUGAAGGCUUUUUCACAUUUGUUUGUCGUUUCAUUUCAGUUUUUGUCCAGUUUAAGUCCAGAAUAAGUCACAGACGACAUCCUUAGUAACAUUUAUCCUUUGAUAACAUUCAUUUAUUAUCAAUAUACACCUAUGAUGUCAUUCAUUUGUGAACAAAAUAUAAUCUCUGCACUCCCAACACCCAAUCAUUAUAAGUUAUACAAACUGGAGCUGGUUAUUAGUCCAGUUUAAUAUAGCAGUCACAUCAUAACAAUUGGAAUGAAAGAGGCAUGCUAAGUGUACACUUUAAUUUCCUAACACAACAAAUGUCACAUAAAUAUCAAACUGUCAUUGAUUUUAACCUCUAUAUUUCCCUGUUUUGUAGCCACAAAAUGGGAUAUUUUAUAUGUAAAACAACAAUAAAAGUGAACUUUUAGUAAUUAGUUUAGUUCUAAUACAACUCUUUGCCUCUCCUUGCUCACUUAGCAUAAAUUUUUGGUUGUUUAGGGUUGCACCCUAGUAAUGGAUAGGAUUUAAUACAAAAAUAUAUAUGGGGUCUACAAAGGAAGCAUACAGUAUUUAUAAUAUGUGUGCAGAUAUUCUCCAUUCUCCUUUUUUGGCUAAGGAUCUGAGAUUAACAUGACUGAUCCACAGCAAACUAAAUUUCAGUAGGAAUUCCUGUAACAAGGAUUAGUGGGGCAGAUGUAUUAAGCCUGGAGAAGGG